AUGUCGCACAACGUCCGGACUUUCUGCGAUUUUGAAAAAUGUCACACGCCGUUAGCGCCGAACCCGCGGCGCGCCUCAGCCCUUAGCUCCUCUAGGUUCGCGCGCCUCAUUUUCAUCUACAGCGCCGCACCGGCUGCGCUUCCCUGGCCUCUACCCCUCACACUCCCCCCUAUUCGCUCUCAAUUCCCCCCCUUAGCCCUCACAUUCCCCCCCUCUUCUCCCCGUCAUUACCCCCCGUUCUCCCUCUCAUUUCACCUCCUGGACCCUCUCAUUUCCCGCCCUUACCGCCUUCAAUUCCCCCCCGUCUCCCUCUCAUUACCCUCCCUUAUCCCUCUCAUGUGGCUGCCCAUCCUCCCUCUCAUCACCCCCCUUCUCCCCCUCAUUUCCCCCCGUUCUCCCCCUCAUUUCCCCCCCUUCUCCCCCUCAUUUCCCCCCGUUCUCUCCCUCAUUUCCCCCCCUUCUCCCCCUCAUUUCCCCCCCUUCUCCCCCUCAUUUCCCCCCGUUAUCCCCCUCAUUUCCCCCCCUUCUCCCCCUCAUUUCCCCCCCUUCUCCCCCUCAUUUCCCCCCAUUCUCCCUCUCAUCUACCCCUCUGCUCCCCUUCAUUUCUGCCCUGGCUCCUUCUCACUUCCCCCCGUGCUCCCUCAAUUCCACCCUUGCCGCUUCUCCCUCUCAUUUCCCCCCCCUUCCCCCCCACAUAUCCACCCCUUUCCCCCCUCAUUCCCCCCCUUCUCCCCCUCAUUUCACCCCCUUCUCACCCCCCCUUGUCCCUCUCAUUUCAUAUUCUUCUCCACCUCCUUUAUCUACCCUACUCCUCUUCAUUACCCUCAUUCUCUGCCUCAUAUGUGCCACCUUUUUCCCCUUCCUCCGUCCCGUUCCCCCCACUCCUCUCACUAG